AUGUGUCCUCAAGCAUCUUUCUGUUCGCCGACAUCCGGUGAAAGACGGCAUUUGCCGUCGUGGGUCGAGCCUUACCUACAGCAAGCAAUAACCGUCAGUUCAAGUUCUGCGAUCCGUAUUCUUCUGGCAAAUGCUAGUGAACCAUCACUGGAUAAUGAUGAUACAUCGAUUUCUGAUGAAUUAGUUGCUGAAAGUGACAAUAAUCUUAUCAAUGUUGCAUACGAUUCAAAAUGUGCAAGAGUAUGUGCUGUAGCAGUUGAAAAAGCAUUAAGGAAGGAAGAAGAAUGUCAUUUAGACGGUAUUCCGCUGUAUGUUGUUAUUAUAAUUGCUAUUAUAUCAUUUGCUUUUGGCGUCGCAUUUGUAGCUACUUUAUGGCUCAUCCAUAACAAAACAGAUCCAUUACGAAAAAUUCGGUGCAUAGAUCGAAAUAGACGUGGUAUGCCGUUAAAUGCAAUCUAUCGGGAUUCAGUUAUCCGACCAUUGAAUAAUGCCAACGCAUUUAUGACCACGUGUAGUGCGACAGUAGCGGAACGAGAACGACUGGUCUGUGAUCGACCUCAAUAA